AGCGUCAGAUCGCAAGCGGACGCGAGUGUGCGCGCGUCAGCUCCGUGUGUCUUUGCUUCUUUCGAAGUUUCUUUCCAUUAUCGCCGAUCCGUUUUCGUUCGGUUUCAUUCGGCUCCGUUCCGUUUCGGUCCGUCCAAUCGGGGGUAGACGAUCCUCGAGCGACGAUGCCGAACCGAAUCGGUUGCACGAGGUCGCGCGUGUAAUCGGUAGCCGCUACGCCUUCGUCACGCUCGUGCAUCCUCGAAAACACAGCCGAUCUAACCUGGUAUCCUGCUCCCGUUCCCCCUCCCUCGCCCUUACAAAUACCAACAGCGAGCCUUCAUCGACCCCUCUUCCUUUUUCCUACCCGUCCUUCCUUCCUUCCUUCCUUCCUUCCUUCCGUCCUGAAGUGUCAGUCCCUUUUCGUGUCGCGGUGUGCGCGCAUUACCAUCGUACCGUGCACGACACUGGCUAGCCACGUAUACGCGUACGCGUGCGCCGCGUCGUCCGCUCGUAAACUUUCCGCGUUUUUUCUCCUCUGUGCUGUUGAGUGCCAGUCUACCGCGACCACCACCUACCGAGACACGUUGGUGAUAAAAAAAACACGCGUCCAUGUCAAUCAUCGAGGAUCCGCGUGUGCUCCUUGUACCUUGGUGACAGCACGACGCCGACAACGACGACGGUGAUAAUUUAAACUGAGGUGCUGUCUGUGUGUCACUGGUUGCUGCUGCAAACUGGUUACUGUUUAUGUUUCGGUGGACAAAGGAUUUAAACCAAAGACAUGGACACGUAUUCGCGUGGCCGAGGUAACAGUGAUUCUACACGGUGUCGAUGAUCCCCAUCCCGAUUCAGAUCCCUAUUGACCGGUAAUCGUGCGGCACGACCGACGGAGUUGAUUUUAAUACGUCACGUGCAAUUCACGCCGCUCCGACAUCGACGCUGCCGCGUCGAGAGAAACGUGUAACGUGUCGCGCACGCGGCAAUUUGCUACUCAAGUUACGUUUUUUCAAUUGUCAACGCGAGAUUGGCGAGAAGCCGUCGUCGUGACGCGAAACGACGUGGUACUGUGGUAAACGCCGAGAGCCGUGCGUCCCGCUCUCUUCGCGUCGCGCUCGUAUUUUGGCAGCGUGUUUAGCUGCGGGGGUGUCUCUCGUGUUGUGGGCGACCGCACUGCGGUAAAACAGCCAAAAUUCGGGUGAAGAACAGAGAACCGUUACCAUCCUACGCGAUGGAGAUGAGCGACGAGUACCAAGAUAUGGGAAAUCCUGGAGGAGGGGUCACGGUGGCCAACAUACCCAUGGCUCAUCAUCAGCACACACCUGACAGCCCAUUGUCGCACCAGGAGGAGGAUUUGUCGGAUCCAGACCUGCAGGACGAGGAGAGCGGGGAAGAGUUACCUCAGCAACCACUUCAGGGUAACACGCACUCCUCGUCGGAUAAUGCAUCGGUGCCGACUGGUACACCUACUCCAUUAACACACUUGAACAGUCUGAUGAGCACCCACCAUCCGCAUUUUCUGGCUAAACUGAAAAUGGAGCAAACCGAGGUAGACGCUUUGAACAACAAAAGCGGCCUGGAAGCACUUCAGGCAGCGAUGGGUGGCGGUGGUUUCAAUUUACCGUUCACGUUUCCGCCACCGACGGCCUUUUUAACGCCUCAACAACAGCAGCACUCGCAAAGCAGUCACUCGCAGCCAGCAUCGGCAAGCGGAAUCGGAAGUGGCUUGGUAGGAAACCAGAUAACGUCCUCGGCUAGCUCGCAUUCCAGCGAAUCGUCGCAAGGCAGCGCGAGGAACGGUGGCGAGCCUCGAGAGGGUAGCAAUCUUUCGCAGAACAACACGACGGGCACGAAUCAUCAGCAACAGACCAGCUGGAGCUUCGAAGAGCAGUUCAAACAGGUGCGUCAGCUGUACGAGAUCAACGACGACCCAAAGCGGAAAGAGUUUCUCGAUGAUUUGUUCAGUUACAUGCAGAAAAGAGGGACGCCGAUCAACAGACUACCAAUAAUGGCAAAGUCGGUACUGGAUCUUUACGAACUGUACAACCUGGUGAUCGCUAGGGGCGGCCUAGUCGACGUGAUCAAUAAGAAACUAUGGCAGGAAAUCAUCAAAGGCCUCCACCUGCCAUCGAGCAUCACUUCCGCCGCGUUCACUUUGCGCACCCAGUACAUGAAAUACCUGUAUCCGUACGAGUGCGAGAAGAAGCGGCUGUCGACACCGGCGGAAUUGCAGGCGGCGAUCGACGGAAAUCGACGGGAGGGACGUCGAAGUAGUUACGGGGCAUACGCGGCCGGCGGCGGCGCGGCAGGUGAGAGCCUGGUGCAAAGGAAUCCCCACACGCCAAACUCGCUCGCGUUGCACGCCCAAAUGUCCCCGCUGUCAUUGGUGACGGCGGUGGCAGCCGGCGGUCAACAUCACGGGCCGCAAUCUCUGGUGAACGGAAGCGCCGCGCACACGCCGUUGCCCCACCAUCCGCACCACCCGCAACACCCACAGGGAUCACUUGGACAGCCACCAAACGCCGGACCUAUUCCCGGAAUGGCACCAUCCGAGUUUGAGGCACGAAUGGUGGAAUAUGUGAAGCUGCUGAACAAGGAGCUAAGGAGCGCCGGGGCUGGUACACCACCGCCGAUGAUCCAUCGACAAGGAAGCGCCUCGCCACCGUCCUCCACUCCACCGAGAGACGCGGGUUUCAGUGCCCUCGAAAUGUCUAGACUCACCUUAUGGAACAUGUACAACAACAACACUUUGUAUCCAGGUGUUGGUCACCAGCCACCCUUGUCUCCUCAAGCCUCGCACUCGCCAGUACCUCCAGCUUCCAGUCCAGAACCUCAGAGAGAAGCUCUCGAUCUUGGACUCAGGUACGUACUGCAAUUCCAGAACAACAAGCAUCCGUCGUCGCCCGUGUCUUCCUCCCCUGCCAGACAAAGCUCACCCUCGUCAGGUGGUAGUUUACAGGUGAAAAGGGAUCCGGAACUGAUUGGCACUACCGGACCACCGCCAGCGAAACGGUUGCUCGCAGACGACGACAGCCCCAUGGAGAAGCACCCUACUGCCUCCGUAGGCACGCACAUUAAGAUCUCCAAUCGAGGGGAUGGAAGGAACGGUGAUAAUUCCCUAGUAGUCAGUAUGGAGUUGAACGGUGUGAUGUACCAAGGUGUUCUUUUCGCCCAAAGCGACAGCAGGACCACGGCCAGUACAGCAGCAACAAAUAACAGCAGCAACAGUAACAGUCACAGUAAAGCGUCGCGAAGCGUGGUCUCGUGAAUGACAAAUAACAAAACGUACCACCUCCUUCCUACGACAUAUUACAUAAUAAUCAAUCAUCAUAGCGAAAUCGGCCUCCCUUCCGACAUUUUAUAUAUAAAGCAUUUUAAAUCAGCACGUGUACAUUUCUUUUUACUACGACUAAUUAAAUUCGAUCGAUGAUCACCAUCGGGGGUUUUUUCUCUAUCGUGAUAGAGUAAGUUGUAUCUAACACGCGUAUCAUUCUGAGGUAAAAACGUGUGUCCCAAGUUCGGGAGAUCAAAAGAAUAACGCUGAGAGUGAUCGAGAAUAAAGCAUCCCCUUAGUCAUAGCUGUUAGAAUACAAAACAAUAGCGAAAGAUAAGAUAAUUAGUAUAUAUAUAUAUAUAUAUAGUACUCGCGACAGUAAAUGGUAUGAAUAGCAAAUAGGGAAGAAACUUGCGACCUUUUGCUGAUCUCUAAGAAUAUAGAUUGUCAGGAAACGGAUGAAACGUGGCAGUUUUGAUGAUCUAUAGGAUCCGCGAGGAUACGCGUGAUAGGGGAUGAAACUGUUUUUAUUGUUCAUAGCUCGAAGGUUAGCCAAAAAGACUGUUACAUAGGACGAAUAUUAUAUAUUAUGGUAGAAAUAAUUUCUUAUUAUUGGUUAUUAAAGAACGAUAUUAACGUCAUCGUCAAUAUAUAUAUAUAUAUAAAAAUAUAUAAUUAUAUUAUGACUAUAUUACCGCUAUUCCUAUCAUUACUAUUAGUAUUAUCGCAGCUAUUUACUAUUAUCACCUUGUUAUGACGAGAUAUAGCGAGUAACGGUUCUAAUAAUGGUAAGAAGAAAAAAAAAACAGAAAAAUACAUGAAAAAAAGAUAAAAAAUUCACGUGAAAAGUGAUUCCCUGUUGCUCUCCCGUUUUCUCGCUAAGCUAAGCUCGUAGUUCGUUCUUAAUCGUGACGUUUAAGGAUAAAAGUAAUUCCAUAAAAAUCUCUGGGAAUUAACGAUGUUUAUACGCAGUUUGCUUUUUUCAGACAGCUGUUCGACAUUUUCUUUGCAAGUGGUGCUAAGUUUGUUCAUUUUUGUUUUUUACUUUUGAUCGAUAACGAAACGUGAAAAUUUUAAUGAACAAAAGUUUGACGAAAAGAGAUACGCAAUGUUAUUGUCGAAAAUGUAACGUGUGAAAGGAAACUCACAGCACUAAGCAAUGUUAGAUUUUUCAAUUGUGAUUUUGAUAGCUUAUGAGACAAUCGAUGAUGUUUAAUGAAUCACGCGUUAGCGUUACCAUUGUAGGUAUUAAUAAUUUUCUUGAUCAAUACCGAAACAAAGGUGCACCACACACUUAUAAGCAUAAUAUUGUAAUAAUUAUUAUAAAUGUUGUAUAUAUUAAUACAUGAUAUUAUUGAAGAAAAAAAACACAAAACAUUGAGACACGUAACUAUUAUAGUCUCCAUAAGUAGCAAUUUAGUUAUCUGUAAAUCCAUGUAAACGAAUCCACGAAUAUCAUAACGAAUAAAAUCGGCAUUACUUUUAUAUCGAUAGUCCUGCUAUCUCGUUAAGGGUCCACACUUUUAAUAAUUCAUUUAAGGAUUUCUCGUCGCGUUUGUAAUUGUUAUCGUUCAGUUUGACUGAAAUUUUAUAAUUUUCUACACCCCCGAUAUGCCCGACAAACAUAAAUGAUCAAUUUUAUUAA